GAUUCAGCAGCUUCCUUCUUUAUACUUUUCAACAUCGAGGCUUUGGUUUCACCAAAAAGUAUAAUCCGUGUAAAAAAAUCGUGCCCAUACACUGGUUAGUGUCGGCUGUCAAACGGCGGGCGGGCGGAGUGCGCAGGACUGGUUCAGGACUGGUUCAGGACUCGUUCAGGACUGGUUCAGGUAUCGCCGCCGCUCACCGCAUGGCAGGAAGUGAAAAUCAGUUCACCCGGCUUCGCACAAAUACAACGAAACAAUUUUUACCUGUGAAAGAGAGCGAGAGAGAGGGAGCAGAGGCAGAGAGAAAAGCGGCUCCCGCCUCUGAGUGCAGCCGACGCACCCGACCGCUUUUCGGGCACCCGGAGGGGUUCACUCCCUGCGUGUCGCAGGCUCUGCGUGCUGGACUCUUUAAACGGCCCAGUCUUGCAGUUCACGGUGGAGCGUCUUGUGCGGUUGAACGUGUGACGACGGAGGCAAGGGAAAACACCGCGAGCAUGAACUAUCACGGCAUGCAGCCGCAGUACGUCCAACCCACGGCGGAGCACGCGGCCAUGGGCCCACCACGUGCCAAUGGCCUUGGACUCACGGAGGGCGGACCGCCGGCCAAGAGCGCCAGGGAGCUUUACGAGCAGCGCAAGCAGUACUCCCGUGGGUCGGGCGCGCAGGCGGAGGUGGCGGAGUACCGCGUGGAGCACCUGGUGUCGCUGCCCAUGGGCGGCCCCGAGGGCGUGCGCUCCCCGGAGGAGGGCGUGCAGCGCAUGCGGCGCCUGGCCGCCACCGGGCACCUGUGGUCACAGGACGUGAGCCUCCGCGUGGCGGCCGAGGGCAUUCAACUUCUUGACCAGGACACCAAGGAGGAACUGGAGAACUUCCCCACCCAGACGAUCCAGCGCUGCCUGGCGAUGGCCGGCAUAUCGUCGGAAGACCCCAUUCUGUCGCUCAUCUGCCACGAUCCCUCAGAGCCGUGUGCCGAGCUCUACCUGUUCCAGUGCGGGCGCGUGCAGGGCAUGGCCAUACAGAAGCACGUGGACCACGUGUUGUCUGGCUCCCCGCGCUCUCCAAUGAACAAGCCCAGGGAGCCGCACGGAGAACCGGAAAUGUCCCAAAAGCAGGCUCCCCCCAGCCCGACGAUGAUGACGAGUGAGCCAGCCCCCCGGCCGCCCCCCACGCUCACCCAGGUGGACUCGCGCAGCAAGGUGGCCAUCUGGAACAUGUUCCCGAAUGAUCAAGGAGACAGGGACAGUCUGGAUCUUGAACAAGAGCUGGAGGACGUGCCGGAGUUCAGGCAAAAACGUGUGCAGCGAGAUACGGAGAUGCUGAACCACCUCUUCGACGAGAUCGAGGGCUUCGUAGCGAAGCUGCAGAAGGCGGCGCAGGCGUUCGACGAGCUGGGCAAACGCAAGAAGCAGAAGCGCAGCAAGAAGAAGAAAAACGGAGACGGAAUCCUGACGCUGCGCUCCAAGCCCCCUCCGCACGAAGACUUUGUUGAUAUUUUCCAGAAGUUCAAGUACGGGUUCAACCUGCUGGCUCGACUGAAGGGAAUCAUUGAUAAUCCAAGCGCAGAGGACCUGAUAACCAGUCUCUUCCCACCGCUGCAGAUGAUUCUGCACGCGUGCGGCGGCCUGGAUCUGGUUCGCUCCGUGGCAAGCCCUCUGCUCACGCGCCAGGCCAUCGACAUCCUCAACACGAGCCCCAACCCCGAGCAGCGCAAGCUGUGGCUCUCGUUGGGCAACGCCUGGAGCGUCACCAGGGCAGAGUGGCCGGCAGACAAGCCCCUGCCGUCCUACAUCCCACGCUUCCCCAACUGGGAGCCGGAGCGUUUCAAUGUCCCUCCCAUGGCCCACGCGCACGACUCCCCCGACGCCGGCCCCGUGCCCUCCUCGCCGCGCAGGAUCGCUCCGGAGACCCAACUCCCCAUCACGGAACGUGAAAAUGUGGAGACUCCUCCGGGUUUCAGAGAUGACGAUGCUCACAGCAAGAGGAUGGCCAGGGCUUCGUACAAGUUCACUGCACGCAACAAGAACGAGAUCUCGGUGGACAAGGACGACAUCCUGGAGGUGCUGAACGACACCCGCCAGUGGUGGAAGGUGCGCAACCAGAGUGGAGAGCUGGGCCACGUGCCCUCCAACAUCAUGCUGCCGCUGGAUCAGGCGCCGGGCGGCGCACCCAGCCCGCUCGGGGUCUUUCCGCACGUGCAGCAGCACCAGCAGCUGCACCAACAGGUGCACCAGCAGCUGCACCAGCAGCAGCAGCUGCGAGCCCACCUCUCUCACGACGAGCCGGCCAACUUCGCCGAUUUCUACGGCGCCCGCCAGCAGCCGUGGUAUGCAUCCUCGCGGAACGAGGUAGUGCGACCGCAGGCGAUGUACCCGGCCGGGUUCGCCAACGGCAUGGACGUGGGGCCGCAUCAUCAGCAGCAGCAUCAUCAGCAGCAGCAGCAGCAGCAUCAGCCGUUUGGGUUUGGCGGUGCUCCUCCUGGGCAGCCCUCGCUGCCGCCCUCCGACUACAGCGCGCCCACGGUGUACGAACCCGUGCUGCCCCACGUGCAGCACGGAGCCCGGGCACCGCUGCACACGACCUACGCACCCAGCGCCAUGGGCCUGGCGCCUGCUCCGUCGCGGGGCUUCAUGCCGCACUCAUUCCCGCGAGCGCCAGCACCACCGCCACCGUCCUUCUCGCCAGCGCUUUCCACCCCCAACGGCGUGGGCCUUCGGGAACACGAGGGCCACGGGAAGUCCUCCACCCUCGCCUCCUCCACCUCUGCCGCAUCCUCCUCAUCUGCCAACCAAGCGCCGAAGGAACACUCGCAGAUGGAGAUCAUGCAGAGCGAGCUGGUGUCGCGUCUCACCCUGGGGCGCAGCGCCAACGCCGUGCGGCCCCGCGUGCGCCCCAGCACCGUCGAGCAGCAGCUGAGCAUCACCAACGAGUCGCGGCCGCGCGACGUCUACAACUUCCUCCAGGCCAAGGGCUUCUCCGAGCUCACGGUGGAGACGCUCGGGGUGCUGUCGGGUGAGCAGCUGUUCGCGCUCACCAAGGAUGAGAUACGCAUGGUGUGCUACAGGGACGCCUCGCGCGUCUACAGCCAGAUCACCAUCCAGAAGUCCCUGCUCAACGAGAAGGAGUCGGAGCUGGCCGCUAUCAUGAAGCGUCAACAGGAGAGACUCUGCGAUCCGUGAGGAGCGGCUGGACACGCCGGGGAAUGAAGAACGAGCACAAAGGGGAACCCGUGAGCCACCGUGCUCUCUACACGUGGCCGUACGUUGGCCUGCAAUUCGUGGAAGGACCACGUGAACAUUGGGGCAAUGGAGCUGGGGGUCAAGGCGAGAGAGAUGGGACUCGGGAUUUAGUGUUAGGGGGAACGAGCCAGUGUUUGACGUCGGCCGGAACGGUACGCUGUUUGAUUUGGUCACGCCACAUCCAUCUCGCUUCAGUUUGUCCUGUUUGUAGAAUUGUAGGAAUAUUUAGUACGAUAAUAUAGGGUUCUUAAGGAUAUGCGUACCUUCUGCUCCUGGUAGUAGUGCCUUACGCCGAUAACCCCUAUUGUCAUGGUAUCCUUGCAGCGUUCCGGAAAUUGCAGAUUGAUAAACUAAGGCGGUCUGGGUUGAGUUAUGGUGGAUGGAGGGGGUGCUGUGGGCUGCAUGUGUGUUUUGCAAUAGGGCUUGGUAUCGCUGUGUGUUGCUUUGCCACGCUCCAUCACUUUCGACUCUGAUCAUCGUAGCGCCGUACAAUCUGCCUGGGAGUGUACCAAUUUGUCGACCAACGUCGGCUCGUAAUCACUCGGUAUGGGAAGUAUUACGUGCGCAAGAAUUUGGGUUAGUCGAUUGAUAUACUUGCUAUGGCACGCAUGGGUCGCCCUUGCAACAACAACACAAAAAAAUACUUGAAGUCUUGCUGGGUUUGUAACUGCUAGAUGAAGGCCUUCCCAGAUUGUGUCAUUCGUGGGGGGGGGGGGGGGGGGGUUGAUCAUACUUCACGCUGGUCAAGUGUGGGUUGGUGAAGGGUUACGUGGGACCGGUUCGGAUGAUCACUCAUCGAUGUUAGCCAUGGCCAGGAAUUAAUAAUGCUGUGCGCUAACCACUAUGCCACCGCUCCAAUCCCCGCUGGGUUCUUACUUGGAAAAAAUAAGUUCCAUCGAUCAAUCAGUCACAUGUCCCAUGCAAUCCACUAAAUGCGUUACCAUUGAUGAUCACAAUGUUUAAAAAAAUCAAUCUAUUGUUGCAUUGAAUGUAUGUAUAUAUGUAAAACGUCUUUCGCGCCGCACAUAACCAAUCGUGCUAAUCGGAGGUACGGGAAUCGUUACACGCCUGGACCCUACACGGCACAACACAAUGCAACGCAACGCACACAGCAGCAGCAGCAGCAUCAGAAGCGGGAUACUGCAAGAGCCUUGGGAGCUAGUGCAGCUGCGCUGAUGUCCAGGCUUUAAUGACAGCCACGGCAGUGCAUCUCCACUCACGUCCCCAAUGUGUCCCUACAUUCGCAUGAACCCAUUCAUAGGAUUAAGGGAUAGUGCCUUGUGCCAAUGAUUCUUACUCAAAAGCCAGCUUGUAGCAGCGUUCUGGAAAAUAUCGAGCGAGAAACUAAGCCCUGUGUGUGUGCUUAUAUCCGAAAAAAAGUUAUUCUUUGUUUCUGCACCUCCCCCGGCCCCCACUCCCCAUGUAAUGUAAGAAGAGUUGUGUUACGUGUAUCAGAACUGUGCUUUUCGAUUUAAAGCUUUCGUGACUGCAGGGAUUCAUAUUUUUGGUUCUUUCGGUAAAGUCACGUAGAAGAUAAAUAAUAAUAAAACAUAAUAUAAUAAUACAAUUCUCACGACGUUUCGGCCACAACGUAAGCAGCCGUCCUCAGGUGAAGAACAGGGCUGUCGGAAAAACAGCGUCCUAAUGAGGAGGAGAGCGCCUUGAUAUGUAAACUCCUUUGUCAAGGCUCUCUCCUCCUCCGACCCAGCUUAAAAAUACGCUGCCAAGCCUAGCAGUGUUCAUUAGGACGCUGUCUUUCCGACAGCCCUGUUUCUUCACCUGAGGGACGGCAGCUUGCGUUGUGGCCAAAACGUCGUGAGAAUUGUAUUUUAUUAUUCUAUUAUCUCCCUUCUACGUGACAUUAUCGAAAGAACCAAGAAUAAGAAGUGUGCUUGUAUGCGGCUUCCCUAGUCCACAUGCUUCGCAAUGCAGCGUGGUGACACUGCACGAACAAGCCAGCAAACAAACCCCGCAGCGCAAUGUAGCAAUGUUUAACUGUGAUGACGCGAAGUGUGAGUUGUAUGUUUCUUGCCCCCGGUGCUGUGACACGGACUUAACUCUCAACGAUUUCAUUCAUGUCCACUUGUUUGCACGAUGUAUAACGAUACUCGAGUGUACAGAAGUAAACUAGAACGAUUGAGGGCAAUCGUCGGUUUGCAAAGGGCUCGAUGCUGUGAUAAUGUUAUUUUGGUUAAGAUAAUCUUAUUUGGGUUAAGAUAACCUAAUCUUGUCGAUGCUGUGAUAACCUUUUCUGGAGGAAGGGAAAACAAUAUGUAAUCAUUGCGUUUAGAACAUUGUUAAAAUGCAAGUCUUGCACACAUGUUAUGACUCCCAUCUACUUUCACGCAAUUCUAGUUGAAGUUUAGCAACAACGACAACGGCAAUAAACAUUCCGAGCUAUUUACAAUUGUAUUUUAUAUUGUAAAAAUAAAAUAAAAUCCGACCUUUGACAAUUAUUUUUGUAUUAACUGCAGGCUCCAAAAUGCACACAAUGUUCUACAUUGCUCAUAAUUACAGCAAUAAAAAAAAACCCA